AUGCGGGUGAGCAAGAUGACAGACCACCUUAAAGCCGUCUUUCAGUCUAAUGCUAAGUUCACGUUGAAUGACGACCUUGAAACACCUCAACAAUACAGAGAACGAUGGCGCUCCAUAUACAUCAUUUACUUCACCAUGUUCCUUAUUUCGCUGGGCUUCAGUAUCAUUGUUACUGGUGUCUGGCCCUAUUUGGACAAGCUGGAUCCAACUGCAGGCAAGGAAUUCAUGGGUCUGAUAGUAGCUGCAAACCCGUUUGCUCAAAUGGUCUUUUCGCCAAUCGUCGGCUGGUGGAGUAACCGGCUUGGCUCGAUAAGAAUUCCUUUGAUCAUGUCAUUGGUUGUGUUUGCACUAGCUAGCAGUACCUAUUCUUCAUUGGAAGUAUUUCCUAGCUACAGGAAGUAUUGGAUGCUGGCGUCCAGAUUUUUAGUUGGCGUAAGUUCAGCCAACAUCGCUGCCUGCAGGUCCUACCUAUCAGCCGCAACACGUUACUCAGAGAGGACGAAAGCUGUAUCCAUGAUCUCACUAGCCCAAGUACUAGGCUUCGUGAUAGGACCUGCUGUGCAAGCAGCUGUGGUUCCUCUGGGUAGCGAGGGAUAUCCAUUAUUAAUGGAACUUAGGUUCAGCAUGUACACCGCUUCAGGUUGGAUUAACGUACUACUUUCUUUGCUCAACAUCUACUUCUUCUUUCCCAGUAUGUUUAAGGAACACAAAAUUGCUGCGAAGGAAGCAAUGUUAAGGAUGGGCAAGGACAAUGUCAAGGAUACUUGGAAAGAAGAGAAAAUCAACUACCUCGCCGCGUGGACCUUAAUAGUAUCCUUCUUCAUCUACGUCUUUAACUUCAUGCUUCUUGAAACUCUCGCUACACCUCUGACCAUGGACCAAUUCGCUUGGACCAAAAGUGAAUCGUUAUGGUACAUGGGCCUUCUCAUGUCCGUUGGCGCUGUCAUAGCCAUCAGUACUUUUGCUUCCAUAGCGCCACUCUCCCGGAUUGUUUCUGAAGUGAAGAUCAUGAUUUAUGGAGGGUUUCUGAUCAUGGUUAUUGGAUGUGCUUGUUAUAUCCCCAUGGGGAGUGACCCCCCUCAGAUGUACGAUGCUGAAUUCAAGCUGAAUUUGACACAUUAUUGUGAUAGAUUUUUCAAGAACAAAACAACCAAUGUAGACCUUUCCAAUUUGAAUACCACACUAUGGAAAUAUGGCAGAUGGCUGGAUCCUUCAGAAACUAAUAUGGCAGCAGUCAAGUACAUGACCUUGAAUUGUGGUGAAGAUCUACUUGGUUGCCCUUCUAGUCAAGAGUGGUGCGCGUACAUACCCAGAAUGUUAUUGGCUCAAUUUAUUUUUGCAUAUUUGUUCAUUACUUUUGGGUAUCCGGUGGGAGUCACCAUUAUCCAAACACUGUUCUCGAAGGUGUUAGGUUCAAAACCUCAGGGUGUAUGGAUGGGUUUGAUCACAGGUUCUGGCUGCCUCUCACGUGUUAUGGGCCCCAUAUUUGUAACAUAUAUUUACGAAGAGUAUGGUACUUAUUGGACUUUUGGUGCAACAACCUCCAUCAUGUCAUUAUGUACGAUUUGGUUACUAGUUUUCCAAAAGACGUUGCAACCAGCUCAGAUCAGAGCUGCAAACGAAGAGGAUAAGGAGCUGAAAGAUGUCAAACAUUUCGUAUCUGUUAUAACAGGUGAAAAAGAGAAGUCAGCUGGUGAGCAGCAUGAUAGUAGUAGUAAUGGCAUUGCUCAAAAUACUUGUGAUAAAACGUAG